AAGACCGUGACCAGCGACUGGGAUGAAACUGCCAUGGGCGCUGCCCGCCCCUUGCACUUGCAGAAGCCAUCACGUCGAGAACGGCAGAUACGCCUAGAGCCUGUUGACUGUUCUAAAUCUAGGCUUUUGGAAUCCGUGAACCUCGCUCUUCCCGACGCCGCUUCAGCCUACUAUCGAUUUAUCGGUGCCGCAUACUCAGCGCGGCGCUGGCUCGGCUUGUGGUAUCGAUACUUCAGCUCCCAACAACGUCCCCUGCGUUUUUUUGUGUACUCUUCUAAUCUCCUUAGACGAGGUCGCGUACGGCAAUAAACUACCUUGCCCAUCGCUAACACUUUGGCAUUUCUAUUCCGCUUUUGAUACCUUCGUUCUACAGUACGACAAUGCCUUCAUUCUUUAAACGCAACAAGAAGGCCAGUCCUGAGGAGGACGCACCGCCUCAGGCUCAUUCUCAAGAUGUCCCAGACCUUCCUGCCGGCAUGUCACAAAGGAUGCGUCCUGAGUCCUCGAACCAGGGAGCAUACAUUCCUAGAAACCCCUCCAACCUGUCAUUCGGUCCUAUAUAUGGGAGCCAGAUCAGCGCUUCCGAAAUACGGAAACAACCGCGACCCUUCAGAAGCUACAGGCUACGGGGAGAACGUGAGCAGCCAUGGGUCGACGACCCAAGGAUGAAGAAGACCAAGGUCGGCAACUGGAUCACCCUUGGCUUCAUCAUCAUUGGCUUCUGUGUCAGUGGAUACAUCAUGUACACUGGUGUACAAGAGGCUCAGAUACCUGAGCAAUGUCUAAUCAUGGAAGACAACUUCGAGAAGAUUGACCCGGCCAACUGGGGCUACGAGAUCCAGACCGGCGGAUACGGUAACGGAGAGUUUGACUGGACUACCAACGACCCCAAGAACAGCUUCGUCGACGCGGAAGGUCUUCACAUUGUCCCAACUCUCACCACCGAAUCGACCAGUAUUACCGAGGAGCAGAUCGUCAAUGGCUACACACUGAACAUCACCAAGGCAGACGGCGACGGUUCUUGCACAUCCAGCGACUACAAGUCAUGCGGUGUCCGCUCCAACUCCACCACUGGAACCAUCAUCCCUCCUGUUCGCUCCGCACGUAUGACUACCAAGGGCAAGAAGUCGAUCAAGUAUGGCCGCGUAGAGGUUGUUGCAAAGACAGCCAAGGGUGACUGGCUCUGGCCCGCCAUCUGGAUGAUGCCCGAGGAGGACAAAUACGGUGAAUGGCCUCGCAGUGGAGAAAUCGACAUUGCUGAGUUCCGCGGUAACUCGUACAAGUACCCCGAGGGUCGCGACUUUGUUUCCUCCACGCUCCACUGGGGUCCCGACUACAAGCACGACGGCUACAUCAACACUCAUGGUACCUCCUUCUUCCGCCGCACAGACUUCGCUUCCAGCUGGCACACAUUCGGUAUGGAGUGGACCGAGAACUACCUCAUGUUGUAUCUCGACAGCCGCCUCAAGCAGGUCAUGUACUUCAAGUUCAACGAGAAGAACAAGCUAUGGAACAAGGGUGGCUUCAACGGCUUGACGACCAGCAACGGCACUCUUUUCGAGGACCCGUGGAAGCAGGGCGGCAAGAACGCGCCUUUCGACGAGAAGUUCUACCUCAUCCUCAACGUCGCCGUCGGUGCGCAAAAUGGAUGGUUCUUUGACGGCGAAGGUGGCAAGCCGUGGGUUGAUGGCAGUGACUUUGCUGUCCGCGAUUUCUGGAAUGCCAAGGAUGACUGGCUCCCAACCUGGGGCGAGGGCACCGAGCGCGGUAUGACUGUCAAGUCCGUCAAGAUGUGGCAGGCCGGCAAGUGCUAGACCACCAGCAUCUGACUGCCGAACGCUCCUUCCUUUUUUCUAUCCGAUACCCCCACGGGUCCACCUCAUACUAUAACCCGGGUUCACGAACACGGACGUAUCACAUUUCUUUUUUACAACGUCACUCAGGGCACAAGGGCACAUUAGAUGAACGUUUCCCAUUUCUUUUCCUCCCUGGCAUGGCAGAGGCGCCGAGGCGUCU